AUGCGCAUCCUUGACUUUGUAAAACCAUUUGUUCCAUUUCUACCGGAGGUGCAAUCAAGCGACAGAAAAGUGCUAUUCCAAGAAAAGCUUCUUUGGACACUUAUCGCGAUACUUAUUUACUUCGUCGCUUCGCAAAUACCUCUAUUUGGUAUCAUGAUAAAUGAUAAAGCAGAUCCAGUCUACUGGCUCAGAGCUAUGAUGGCCGGUAACCGAGGAACACUAAUGGAUCUGGGUCUAGGCCCUAUUCUCAUGACCAGCUCAAUAGUGCAGUUCCUCUCGUUUGUUGACCUUUUAAAAAUAGACGAGAACAUAAAAGAGGACUCUCUUCUUUUUUCCUCCCUGCAGAAGCUGCUUGCGCUCAUAAUCACGUUCAGUCAGGCGCUGGUCCAGAUAUCCACAGGAUUCUUCGGAUCCCCUUCCAGCUUAGGUCUUUCUGUCUCUGCGCUUAUUCUGGUGCAGCUGCUUUUCUCUGGAGUAAUUAUUAUCCUUCUGGAUGAACUACUGCAGAAAGGAUACGGGCUUGGGUCUGGAGUGAAUCUGUUUAUUGUAGCCAACAUAUGCGAGUCAAUUGUGUGGAAGGCAUUCAGUCCCUCUGUGUACAAUACUGGAAAGGGCCCAGAGUUUGAAGGAUCAUUCCUCAGUCUCUUGCAGCUGCUGAAGAUCCGAAAGAACAAGUUUGAGGCUUUAUAUGAAGCAUUUUUCAGAAAGAAUCUUCCAAACAUUUCAUGCCUUCUUACAACAAUUGCCAUGUUCUCUCUGGUGAUCUACCUGUACAACAUACGCCUGGACUUGCAGCUGGAGUCAACUCAGAUGAAGACCAGAUACAUAAACUGGGGAAUCAAGCUGUUCUAUGUGUCCAGCACACCAAUCAUUAUACAGAACCAGAUACUCACCAACUACUACAGAAUAUCAAAGUUCAUCUUUGACAAACUGCCAGAUAGAUGGUACACUAGAAUACUUGGAAUCUGGGAUAUAAACGAGAGUAUGGUCUAUGUGCCAAUCAAGGGAAUAGCCUAUUUCAUUUCGCCCCCUGCUAAUAUUCUGGCGGCCAUGAAGAACCCCAUCCACUUCCUUAUUUACGUGUCAUUUAUGCUGACCACAUCUGGGCUGCUAGCAUACUACUGGACAGAUAUGAACGAAAGCUCUUCUACUGAGGUUGGAAAACAGCUGCAGAAGCAGAAGCUUGUGAUAAAGGGGUAUUCUGUGCAGGGAACCCAGGACAUGUUAGAUAGGUACAUCCCAAUUGCAGCAGUUCUAUCUGGGCUUAUUGUAGGAGGGAUUAGCAUCCUGAGUGACUUGCUUGAUACAAUUGGAUCAGGGCAGAAUAUAAUUCUGGCUGUUUCAAUAAUUGGGCAGUACUUUGAGUUAUUCGUAAAGGAGCAGAUGAAAUAUAAAGGAAUGCAAUAG